CUCGCCCCAAAAAGAGGCAGAGAAGCCUCCGACAGUCCGGUCCGAAGUCCCCUCACUAAACCCGACAUUAGAUCUGUCAGAGCGGAAGGGCUGCAUGGACGAACCCGGCGAUAAUAGCCGUGUUUUGAUGCGAUUUAUGGCCAUGAAGGAUUCCAGAAGCUUAGCGGACCUCCAAUUACCCAAGCUCCUGAGCUGGAUUGUUUGUUAGAGAAACAGCGGGGACAGGAGAAGGGGUGUGCAUGUUACUCGGCGGGCUUCAUUUCGUCGAUGCCGGAGAGCUGGAGCUGGAUGACAUGAUGCUGCAGAGCCCGCUCACCUCCACGCCGUUUUCCGUCAAGGAUAUCCUCAAGCUGGAGCAGCAGCAGCAGCAGUCGGGCUCCCUGGAGCUCCAGCACCGGGUCCACAGUCAGCAGCACUUGACUCGCUCUCCUUCCCAGCAGGAGCAGCAGCUGCAGCAGCAGCAUUUCCAAAGCCCACCGUCCUGCAUGCUGGCCGGGCCUCGGGACAGCCCGUCCUUCUCGGACGGAGAGGACAACCUGGCUUAUCUCAGCGCGCUGGCGGUGCGCGAAGAGGAGCGCGCAGAUCCGAGCCUCUCCCCGAGCAUGUACGUCCAUCCUGGGCUGCAGGGAGCCAAGCUGGAGGCCGCAGAGCUGGAGGCGCAGGAGAGCAAGAGCUGCGGGUUGGUGUCCCAGGAGGAGGCGGUGGAGGGCGGCCUAGUUGAGUCGGAGAGGCCGGUGCAGAAGCAGAGAAGCCGGCGGAGACCCCGGGUUCUCUUCUCCCAGGCGCAGGUCUUCGAGUUGGAGCGACGCUUCAAGCAGCAGCGCUACCUGUCCGCCCCGGAACGGGAGCACCUGGCCUCCACCCUGAAGCUCACCUCCAACCAGGUGAAGAUCUGGUUCCAGAACCGCCGCUACAAAUGCAAGCGCCAGCGGCAGGACAAGUCUCUGGAAGCGGCCGGGCAGCAGCACCACCCGCCCCCGCCGCGGCGCGUCGCCGUGCCGGUGCUGGUUAGAGACGGGAAGCCGUGUCUGGGCGGCGCACAGAGCUACGCCGCGGCUGCUGCCGCUGCGCCAUACGGCUCCAACCCGUACAGCUAUAACGGAUACCCGGCUUACACCUACAGCAGCCCGGCUUAUAACAGUAACUACAGCUGCUCUUAUACCAGCAUCCCCGCCCUGCCGCCGUCAGGGACCCAGAACGCCUUCAUGAACAUGAACUUGGGAAACGUGAGCGGCCUCGGUGGCUCCCCGCAAGCCCAAACACAUCAAGGGACAGCGGUCACAUCCUGUCAGGGCUCCCUGCAGGGGAUCCGUGCCUGGUAGCCUCCCAGAACAAAACAAGUGUCCUUCUUUUUUAAACAAACUUUUCAUUUUUUCAUUUUUCUUUCCUUUUUUUAUCAAUUUGGUGCAAAACAUCUAAGCAGCAGUGUUUUCUAGAGAUCAUCGACUCAUCUGUAGAUUAAAAACAACUGUUUAAAUUGAAGCUUUAUAUCACUAAAAGGUGAUUUUUUUAUUAUUAUUAUUAAUAUUUUUCUGCUCCAUGAAUGUUUGGGGGCAAUGCGCGCACACCAUGCGCUUUUCUUAUCAAACCUCGGACAUAUUUUUAAAUAUUUGCUAUUAAAGAUUAACUUUUUUUUUUUUUUUUAGAGAGAGAAAAGAAAGUGUUUUUGGUUCAACAGAGAAUUGUUAGUCUAUUUACAUUUAUUCAAAUAAAGUAUUA